AUGUCCACGGCCUUCCUGGUCCAGCAGCACAUCAUGCCAAGGAGACGGAUAGCAGACACGAGCGCAAGUCCACCUCCGAACAAGGAGGAAGUUGACGUUGAUCACGAUUCCGGCGACGAUGAACUGGCCCGUGAACUAGAAGAGGAACGCCAACGGAUACUUGCAGCAGUAGAACCAGGGCCAAGCUCAUCUCCACGUAGCAGUCAAGCCAGCCCAAAGCAAGUCAUUGACGACGCUCAGACAGACGACGAUGAGGACGGAACUAUCUACGGCGAGGACGACUCGGAAGCGGGCGACGCGGUAGAAGAUGAGGAAGAUGAUUCGCAAGACGAGUGGCAGCCACCUGCACCGGCAUCCAAAGCCAAUGCGAGACGGAGCAAGCGUGGGCGGCGUCAAUCGAGCUCUGAAGACAGCGAUGCAGACAUAGGCGUGAUACUGUCAGGCGAAGAUCUAGAGCCAGCGACAAAGAAGUCGAAAAAGAUGCCGAGCGGCAGGACGAACGGCAACAAAGCAGAAGCAAAGACACCAGCCCCAAAUCCACCCUUGCCCGACGAGUCCAUCGACCAAGAAGAGGCAGACGACUCCUUCGACGAGGAAGCAGAGCGGGUUCAGGCGGAAGUAGAAGCAGCUGCGGCAUGGGCCGACGUUCGGCGUCGCAAGGAAGCCGCCUCCCAACCGCAGCCGCAAUCCACCAACGGCUCCCCAUCCAACGCAUCUUCCGCCAAAGAAUCCUCCACAGCACCGUCCCUCACAGCAUGGCUCGGCAAAGGACCCUCAGCCGCCUCCUCCGUCUCGGAACUCUCAUCCACCCUACCCAUGCCGACGACCUGCAAGUCCGCCCAGAUCGUCGACCGCGACUCCCUCUUCAUCGGCUACGUAUACCCGCUCAUCACAACCUCGCCCGCGUACAUCUCCACCCUCCUCUCGCACCUCACCCGCGUCGUGCACCCGACCGUACCCGUCGACCUGCUCCCGCCGCAAUUCGCCAACGCUCCGGCGAACAAGCGCGGCUCUUCGCACGACAUGUACGCCUACCGCGUGUUCGAGCUCAAGCGCGGGCGCAGCGGGCUCGGUGGACCGGACGAUUUCUCCCUGCAGGAGGACAAGGAGGAUGACGGGGAGAGAUGGGGUGGGGACCGUGUGUUGAAGGUGGUCAGGGAGGAGGGUGCGUCGGAUGUGUUGGUGGUGGUGAGCAGGUGGUAUGGCGGGGAGCUGCUGGGGCCGGUUCGGUUUGAGCAUAUCGAGAACGCGGCGAGGAACGUGCUGGAGGAGCAUAUGCGGGUGGAGGAGGUGGAGGAGUUCAGGCAGAGGAUACAGCAUUUGGAUCGUAGGAUAGCGAGCAUGAAGGCAAAGUUGGCAGGAGAUGGAGAGAGAGUGGAGGGCCAGGUGAGUAAGUAUGAAGGGUUGACGCUGGAAAAGGGGCAGAGGCUGUGGUUGGCAAGGCAGAAGGCGUUGGAGGUGGUGGAAAAGAGGUUGGCUGGGCAGGCUAGUCAACCGACCGCGUCACAGUUGCAUACGCAGGAGCAGGAGCCGGAGUCAGAAGCUGUGGCGGAGCAGCACACUGCGCCGGCGGAAGACAUUGCAGAGGCUGCAGCCGAAGAGCCAAUAUCAACGGCGACAACAGCACCGGCAGAACCGGAUAUUUCGACCCCACCCGCUGCCGUCAAACAAGAACCGUCCACGACGGACCUUUCCACCACCGACGCCACAACCCUACAACCCAGCGUGAAAGCGGAACCGUCAGACCCCAUUCUACCACCGGUACACAUCAAAAGCGAGUCCAAUCUCUCACCCGCGUCCCUACACGCAGAAGAGGACGAGCCGGACGACAAGUCCCGCGUACUCAAGUCCGAACCUGACGACCAAACGGACCUCACCGGCUGGGACGAUCUUUCCUGA